CAGUUAGUGAAGAUACACAAAAACCCGAUCUAUGUUCUAGUCCUGUAAUACGAGUAAUUAACAUGGAUGUACCGAAAGUUGCAAUAAAAGAUUAUUGGGGCAGGAGCUCCACCUUAACAUUAAAAAAAUAUUUUCCCGUGCCAGAGGCACAG